AUGGUCUUCUCAUCAACAGUUCCUCUCCACUCACUCUCACAGCGUACUCUGAUGCGGACUGGGCAGGUUGCCCCGAUACUCGACGUUCCACUUCCGCAUCGUAGAACUAAGCAUAUAGAGAUUGACAUACACUUUGUAAGAGAGAAACUAGCUUUAGGUGAGGUCAGAGUCCCGCAUGUUCCAACAAGUGCGCAAUACGCGGACAUCUUCACCAAGGGGCUCCCCUCCGCCGCCUUCAUCGACAUCCAGUCCAGUCUCAACGUCGUCCAGCCCGCCAUUGCAUUAGUUUUCAUUAUCAUAUCAGACCUUCCAUACGACGAGAUACAUGAUUUCAGGAAAGAGACCAUCGAGAACGAACUGGAGAUGAUUCUCCAUACAACACCAGCUACACCAUUAGAGAGGGUGAAAGAAAUCACAAAAGCUUCGGAAGGGUUUGUUUACCUGGUAAGUGUUGCUGGAGUUACAGGAGCCCGGGAAACCGUAAACCCACGUGUCAAGGAUCUUCUUCAGGGGAUUAGACAGGUCACUAACAAGGCAGUGGCGGUCAGCUUCAGCAUAUCAACCCUGGAACAUGUUAGCCAGAUUGCCGGCUGCGGUGCAGAUCGAGUGAUCAUUGGCAGUGCAAUGGUGAAACAGUUGGGUGAACCAAAUUCUCCACGAGAAGGAUUAAAUAGGCUAGAAGUAUAUGCCAGGAGUUUGAAGAAUGCACUGCCGUGA